CCCAAAUUAUGAUUUUCCAGAAAAUUUUAAUGAUUUACAAAAUAUUGAUGAAGAUUGGAUUAUCGUAUUUAUUUUAAGAUUUCAAACUAGAUUUCGUUUACCAGAUAUUGCAAUCGAUACGUUAAUUAAAUUUAUUAAACAUGUUUUAACAGAAUUAGAUCAUGAACAGUUUAAAAAUUUUCCUACUUCUUUGUAUACUACAAGAAAGAAAUUGAAAUUGAAGCAUCAAUUUGUUACUUUCUCUGUAUGCUCUUCAUGUCAUAAGUUACAUAAUAUAGAUGAUGUUGAACAACAUACAAUUUGUGAGCAGAAAGUAAUAAAAAAAUGUGAUCAUAUACAAUUUCCAAAUAAUCACCAUCAUUCUCUUCGAAAAUGCGAUACUCUUUUAUCAGAACAAAAAGAACUAGGAGGUAAUAAGAUUGUUAAUUCACCAUUAUUGAUUUAUCCAAUAGCCAGAAGUUUACCUAAUAGUAGACAAAAAAUAGAAUCAGAAAUUAUGCGAUUUAUGAUGCAAAGUUCACAAAUUAAACGAAAAUUCAAUAUGUUACCAUUAAAUCGUCAAAGUAUAUUUCAAAUACUCAAUUUAGAAAAUGAUCAAUCUGUUGAUAAAAGCGAAUCUUUUGAAAGUGAAGAAUUACAGGCAUUUUUGAAUAUAUCUAAAGA